AUUAAAAGGCUGGCUAUCUGGAUGUUACCUUUCAAUUGCAACUGACAAAAUGCCAUCUUGCAGCCUAGAACAAGAAGUGAAUAAUUUGAAUGUUACAGCAGGUGGAGUCGUGAGACAUACUCAAGUCUGAAGCCACUGAAAGGCAAAAGCCUUGCACUUUUGUACUGGUGCAGUUACUUUCAGUUUGGCAAAGCGACGUCUUGGCAAUAAAUGGUAUAUUGAGAAAAUGAAGGUUAGUAUGUGAAACAGGGCAAUGAUUUGGAGGCCCCUUAUCAGGGCAUCUUGUUAGUCACCUGGAGGUCUCUUUACAGAAUCAAACUUUUUUAAAUAACAGUUUAAAUCUAGAGACUGGGUGUGUGAGAAAUUAAUAAUUUAUUAAUUUGUCUGCCUUUGGUUUUGAACCAUUUAAAUGUUUGUGGAGUUAAGAUUAAAGGGAAGUACUGCCCUGUACAGCCCUCUAGUGUUGAUGCACUUUAAUGAAUGUGGGAAGAUUUUUUUUAAAAAAAAAGGCAAGCAGUAUUUCUACUUCUACCAUGUGUGGAUUGCAAUAUUUUUAAAAAUAUUUUACAUAUAAAUAUAACAUUUACAACUUGCUAAACCAGGUAAUAAAUCUUGUGUUGCCCCAUAUCUGUAUAGACACCUAAAAAUUGAAGGAUUGACUCGAAUAUAAACUACACUAUUUUUGUACUGAUCAGAGCCAAGUCAAAAGGAAAAACUCCAUAAUUCAAGGGCAUUUGUUAUAUCUUAAUAGUGAAUUAAUUGCUUUAUAUUUUGACUUUGUUUUGUAAACUGCAGUUUUCUAGGGGAGAAGAAAAAAGAAGUACUUUUUUUGGAAAUGUGCCUAGAUUACUUAAGUUGUAGGAGCUGGGGGUGUUUAGAUUGCAGAGGAAAAGGCUCUGGGGAGACCUCAUUACAACCUUCCUGAACUUGUAGGGAGCUUAAAAGCAAGAGGGGGAGCAACUUCUUUCUUGGUCCAAUAGUGAUAGGACAAGGGGGAAUGACUUUAAAUAUAAGAGGGAAGAUUUAGUUUAGGUGUUAGGAAGAAAUUCUUUACUCAGAGGGCAGUGAGGUACUGGCAAUGGGGCCCUGGGCAGCUGAGCUGGUGGGGUGGCAAUCUUAACCAAGGCAGUAAGCAUUGCAAGCUCUGACUUCUAUGCAAGAUGCAUGAUUGGAGAUGCUUAUGAAAAUAUUGCCAAGGUUUCAGGGGAAGUAAGUAAAGAUAUCAAAUUAUCAUUAUGCUUUUAUCUUUCAAGAUGGACUGAUUAAAUACUAGGAAAGUAGAUUCAUCACUGAACAGAUCAUUUUCCCUUUCAAAUCCCUCCCACCUCUUCUGACAGGGAAAAUGCCUCAUUGAUACAAGUGCCCUGCAAGCUAAAAGUGAGUGUAGUUCUAUGCUAGUAAAAUGUUUGCUGGUAGUGUUGUGAUACGUGAUCUGUAACAGUGAUGACUAAUUGUCAUGACUGCAUAAGUUUUAUACCAAAAUUUACUCAACUAUAGAUUGAAAUGGAUGAAAAGUAGAGGAUGUCUAUUUUAAAAAGCUGAGAUUGGAUGGGGAAAGCUCUGUGAGCGUUUCAUGGGUUAGAGAAGAGAGUAGCUCUUCGGGUAAAUGACCUUCCUAUGGGAUGGCUUUGUUCCUCAGUGUUGUUUGGGGCAGUAAAUCCUUCCUGCUGCUCGCACACAUGGUCUGAGCUGCCUGUGAGCUGCAAGAAGAAUUUUUAUAUUGCUUUUAUAUAUAGUAUGGGUACAAAUUGUUUGAAGGGGAAACAGUGGUAAAGGCCUUUGAUUGUGUUGAUGCUGCAUGUAAACUCUUUGGGCAAAGGUUUGUUGCAGUUCGUAUUUACACAGGAUUUUGUAAAGGGCCUUUGUGAUCUCCCUCUAGCAUGCUGCUACCUCAUAACCAAAGAAACAAAAGCUAUAUCACCUUUGAAAAAUGCUCAAUAAUUUUCUGUUUAAGAAAACUUGCCCAAGCCUACCUGAGUAAGUCUGAGAGAAGGAGAUUGUUCAGACUUUAUGGCAUGUUCAACACCCAUUUUCUGCAGACCAGGAGAUUUUAGAGAUGUGACAAUUUUCUGAAUGUCAAGCUUCACUUCAGGAAAUACUGGAUUAGGUUGUUGUGUCUGCCAUUGGUUUGAGUGUUUCAAUUAAAGUAAGAAUCUUGAAGAGGAAAAGGAAGUAUUUAAAGGUUUGAAGGGGGUGGAUACAAUCAAGGUAUUUUAAUGAAACCGACAUUUGUGUUUGUGCUGUGGUUGUGUUUUCUGCGAUGGUAGGAAGUAAUUCCAAACCAGGCUGAAGGCCAACUAACCAGAGUCAAUUUUCUCCUGAGGUUUCUCAGGCGUUGCACAAGAGAUUUGAAGUAAAAAAAGUUUGGGGGCAUGUGACUGUUAAUCUCUUUAGCAGUAAGAAUAAAGUUUGAACAUCCUGUUGGAAAUGUUCUUGGUUCUGUGUUGCUCUUUGUUUCAGUUAACAAGCUUUUCUCCUGCAUAGAUUGGGGAUAUAAACUUCUUUGCGCCCUGUCCAAUUAGAUCAUGCUUGGAAGCUGUCAGCACUGAUGGUGAGGCAACCCUCCCCUGCCUUUUUUUUUUUUUUCCAGUUGUUCAGUCUGCUGGAUAAUGAAAGAAUUUUUCUGACAGGGUUUGGUAGUGUUUUGUCCUCUAGAUGAAUUACUGCAAGAUAUAGACGACAGUCUUGUGUGUCCAAAAUGCAUUGGAAUAAUUCAGCCAACUCCUCAGAAAGUGAUGCUGAAGCUCAUUCUGCCUUUACACAGACUGAGCACAACAUAGUAGCAGCUUACUUAAUAACAGCAGGAGUGAUAAGCAUUUUCAGUAACAUUGUUGUGUUAGGCAUCUUUGUGAAGUACAAAGAGCUUCGGACAGCAACCAAUGCAAUUAUUAUCAACCUGGCUUUCACUGACAUUGGUGUUAGUGGCAUUGGCUACCCCAUGUCUGCUGCUUCAGACCUGCACGGAAGCUGGAAGUUUGGAUAUACUGGAUGCCAGAUCUAUGCUGCCUUAAAUAUAUUUUUUGGGAUGGCGAGUAUUGGUUUGCUCACUGUUGUUGCAGUUGACCGUUACCUGACGAUCUGCAGGCCUGACAUAGGAAGAAGAAUGACUACACGUAACUAUGCUGCUCUAAUCCUGGCUGCAUGGAUCAAUGCAGUCUUUUGGGCGUCUAUGCCUACUGUAGGCUGGGCUGGCUACGCUCCAGAUCCAACUGGAGCAACUUGCACAGUCAAUUGGAGGAAAAAUGAUAUGUCCUUUGUUUCCUACACAAUGAGUGUAAUUGCUGUUAAUUUUGUUGUACCCUUAACAGUCAUGUUUUACUGUUAUUACAAUGUUUCCCGGACAAUGAAACAAUAUACCAGCAGUAACUGCCUGGAGAGCAUCAGCAUGGAUUGGUCUGACCAAGUAGAUGUAACAAAGAUGUCUGUUGUGAUGAUUGUAAUGUUCCUGGUGGCAUGGUCUCCUUAUUCCAUUGUGUGUUUAUGGUCUUCCUUUGGAGAUCCGAAGAAAAUUUCUCCUGCAAUGGCCAUCAUAGCUCCUUUGUUUGCAAAAUCCUCCACAUUCUAUAAUCCCUGCAUUUAUGUAAUUGCAAACAAAAAGUUUCGGAGAGCAAUCCUGGCAAUGGUGCGAUGUCAGACGAGACAAGAAAUAACUAUAAACAGUGCCUUGCCCAUGAGUGUUUCUCAAAGUGCACUGACGUCCUAGAACUGGUUUACUUUUUCUGCAUAGAUUUUGUGGAAACAAAUUAAAUCUGGUUACAGUUAGUUUAUUUUUUGGAAUAACAAUCUGCCUCUUCCAGUCAAUUGUUUCCUGUUAAUCGCUGAAGUAUUUUUUAGGUUAAAGAGAAAAAAAAAUAACAAAAACAAGCACUGCAACUUCAGUUUUCAAGAAUGAGGCUUAUUGGAUUGAUAUUUCUGGCGCAAGCAAAAAAGGCCAUUGAAGUGUCCCAUGUGACUUGUGGGGUUGGACAAGGUGACAUCAGGGCAGGAAGAGACUGAAGUAGGAAGUGCUUAGGUUCAGUAACAGAUAUAGCACCUUUAAUUCCUCUUGCAAAUGACUUUCUCUCAAUUUCAAUUAAAAGUUUCCAGACCUGGAUUUUCCCUGUAUGUGUGUAUUCAAUAUCAUGCGUCUGUACUGACAUUUGUUUUGCUUCCAUGAAUAUGGUAAGGUUAUCAGAAUAUCUAGCUAAACUCCAUAUAGCUUGUUAUCAGCUUUUAGGAUUUUGAAAGAUUUUCAUGAUAUUUCAUGUAUUUUUGAAGUUUUGGCUCACAGAAUCAAAUCAAUCUGUGGAAUGGACAGCUUUUGUUUUAGCAAUGGUACAUUUCUAGUGCUUGCCCCUGCACAGCAAAUCCUGAUGGUGGGACAAAAUGCUCCCUGAAGGUUGACUCUCAGGUGGCUCAUAAAACAGUAAAGAUGAUUUCUCAUUAUUUCUAAGUCAAUCUCAUGGACAUCCAUUGUGUAAUUUUUGAAGAAGAAUUUUGACAAUGUCAGCAAUGGAUUUAUUUGUGUUGGAGGGGGUGGCUGCAGAUAGAGCUACUGAUGGAUGGUAGUACACAUUCUUGAUGAUUCUCCAGAUUUUGAAAAUAAAUAUCUUUUUAUUUCCAAUCCGAAGUCUUAGUGAUCUUUCAGACAUGUCUCAGCCACUGUGACUGUGUAGGUACAGUUACUCUGUCACUUGGUUUCUUUUUUCUCCUAGGGUCUCUAGUGUUGGUCUGACAGAGUACCUCUUUAAGUGAUGCAGUCAUCUGGGAAAGCUAAAUGUUGAUUUUAUUAAUUUGUGUGGAAUGUGUGAUGUAUUUUUUUUUUUUUUUUUUUUAAGUUCCCCCAGAAUUGUGGGAAAGAAACACUUUAGAAAGUAUAUUUUAAGUCUGCCCAUGUUUUAAUUUAAUUUAAUGUAACAGUAUUUUGAGUACAAUUUGCACCAACAGUUGGUUCAUUUCUUCCAUUUUAUUUUGAUUUUAUUGUACAUGCGUUCAUCCAAAGCGUGGCUUUGCAGUGUGGAGCUGUUGUUUAAAAUUUGUGUGUUAUUGGUAAAAACCUGUCUUUACAGGUUUUUUUGAAAGUUCUAGAGUCUGUGCUUCCUAUUAAUUUGUACUUUUCAGUAAUAAAGUAAAUGCCAUACAAUGUC